UUGAUUAUUCUACCUGCCACAGUUAAUCACGAGAAUAUGCGCCAACAUAUCGCUCGGCUGCUCGCUUUCUAGUGACGGCGAGGGGAAGAAAGAAGCAGCUCGAGGUGGAGGAGCAGAGAAGACUCGUCUCCUCUCUCGUACUUCUCUUCGGAACAAGGCGAAGGGGGGAACCCUAACCCUGACCUAAAAACGGAUCAUCACUGAUCAUAUCGACCGACUCUUUGGAUCCGAGGUGCAAUGGCGUCCCAGGAGGCGAUCAAGCAGUUUACUGCGCUGAUUGACGAAGUGAACGAGCAGCAAAGGAGCACGUUCCAGAACAUGCAUCAGGGAUGUCCAUCUGAUACUAUAGUUCGGUUUCUGAAGGCAAGGGAUUGGAAUGUUCCAAAAGCACAUAAGAUGCUGAUGGAUUGCUUAAAUUGGAGAUUGCAAAAUGAAAUUGACAAGAUUUUGUCUAAACCUAUACUUCCAGUUGACUUAUAUAGAGCAGUGCGAGAUUCACAGCUUCUAGGAUUAUCAGGAUACUCCAAGCAGGGCCUUCCUAUCUUUGCAAUUGGUGUUGGACAAAGCUCAUUUGAUAAAGCAUCGGUUCAUUGCUAUGUGCAAUCACACAUCCAGAUCAAUGAAUACCGAGAUCGUGUGAUUUUGCCUAAUGCCACAAAGAAGCAUGGGAGGCAUAUUGGAACUUGCAUAAAAAUUUUGGAUAUGACUGGACUGAAACUUUCGGCAUUGAGCCAAAUUAAGUUAAUGACCAUCAUAUCAACAGUUGAUGACCUGAACUACCCAGAGAAGACGGAUACCUAUUACAUCGUCAAUGCUCCAUAUGUUUUUUCAUCGUGCUGGAAGGUUGUAAAACCUCUUUUGCAAGAACGGACAAGAAAAAAGGUGCAAGUAUUGCAAGGCUGUGGUAGGGAUGAGUUAUUGAAGAUUAUGGAUUACUCUUCGCUCCCACACUUUUGUCGAAGAGAAGGCUCGGGUUCAGGGUCUUCGCGAUACUCGGUAUCGGCCGACUCCGACAGUUGCUUCUCCUUAGACCAUCCCUUCCACCAACAACUAUACAAUUACAUCAAGCAGCAGGCGCGCGGCCAUCUGCCCGCCCAACCACCCGCCAAACAGGGCUCGUUCCAUGUAAGUCUCCCAGACCCCGACCCGGAUGGCGUAAAGAUUGCGGAAACCAUCGAGUCCGAGUUAAUCAAAUUGGAGGACCAGAAAACGGCUGACAAUGCGAGUAAGCUCUCUAAUUCCAUUAAUGGCCUCAAAAUUUACAGCGAAUAAAUGAUUCAUGUAUUUAUAGUAAUUGCCUCUAUUACACCUUAAAAUGCAUCAAAUUAUGCUUUUAUUACUUUUAUAUCCUGCUGCACUCCACAAAGAAGUUUGGUAAAAAUAUGAUUUUAUCAGAUGACUGGGUAGGCUGAGGAUUUGUGGGAGUGAAUUUGAGGUCUCUUAAUAGUUCUCAGCUGUAGACAUACGAGGGGAAGGGGAUGUAAAUGAUUUCAUGUUGUUGUAAUUUAGUUAUUACAUGAUAUAAUGUAAGAACUUAUGGUAUUAUGAUUCAAGUAAUAUUACUUGGUUCUCUCCUUUUUUUUAUU